AUGCUGCUGUACAUCAUUGAGACGGGACAAAGGUGGGCUGACCUGGUUGCCGACACGGUUCCGGUCUCCUUUGUGCCGCAGCUGCUGCCACAAGCGCUGGCGGAUCAUUUCCUGCGCAGCUUCCAGCAGGAGGCAAAGAUGUGGCAUACAUCCAAGCGUUGGCUCUACGAAAAGGAGAUUGAAAGCCACCGUGUCGAAUCGGGUUUCCGUUUCAACGACCUGGGCGUGACAUCGACGUCCCGCUGGGAGAGCAGUGGCUUUGGGGAUGACCUGCGAUACCUUCGGGGCCAGGUGAUCACCGCGGUGCAACGAGCACGGGCCCAGUUACGCCGGCAAUGGCGCGCGGCUGCUUCCAGCGCUGGAAGCUGCGAUUCCCGGCCCUUGACCAAAGAGGAGCUGGCGCAGGAAACCGUGGCCCUCGCGAGUCGUGGGCAGCGCUUGUCCGCCAAGAGUAUCGAAUGGCUGGUGCGUUAUGCGGCCAGCAGCUACGCCCUGAAGGCCUGGCGUUGGGAGCCCAACUUUUGCGUGGCCAACCUCUACCGCGACCAGGAGGAUUUCCUGGGUGCCCACAGCGACCCGGUGGAGCUGAUCGGUCCCUGGGCCAUCGUGGCCUCGGUGACCUUCGGCGCGGCGCGCCAGUUUCGGAUGAAGCCGGUGGCGCAGAUCGCCACGGAACGGGAAGGUGGUGGACGCAUCACCUCCUUUAGCAUCCGUUUGCCACACAACUCGCUGCUGGUGUGCUGGGAAGGUUUCCAAGAAUUUUGGCGCCAUGAGGUUCCCAAAGACAAGGGCCUCACAUCGCACAGCAUCAGCGGCCCGGCGCGGCUGAAUUUCACCUUCCGGAAAUCCGUGGGUGCAGUGGCAGCCCGGAAGCCCAUGUGCCAUUGCGGGCGCAAGGCGGACUUGAAACCCGUGUUGAAAGCUUCAGAGAAUCGGGGACGAUAUUUCUGGUCCUGCAGAAAUCCACGUGUCAAGAAAGGGACCUACCGCACCUGCGACUUCUUCAAGUGGGACGAUGAACUCCUGCGGGCGAAAGAUGCCAAGGACGUGGCAUUCUUCACCGAUCGGGACAGCACCGCUCCCUUGCCAAAUGCGCUCUCAAGAGUGGUGGUGGCAGGACCGGUUGAGCACUGGCAGCAAAGCUCAAGUGGUGAAGUGUUGGCACCCGGAGGGGGCACCCAAAGAAACACAUUCUGUUCUGAGCCCAUUAUCUUUGGGAUGCAUGCCAAGUGA